AUGCCACCUGAACGCCCCAAUAUACCGGUGAAGCUGUCCUUGCCUUUGCAAUACCAGCAGGACAUCUUCACCGAACUGCGCUCGGAGGAUGAGCUGGUCAUUCUUGCUCGAGGCCUAGGGCUCCUGCGCUUGGUGACAAAUCUACUACAUUUUCAUGAUGCUGCAGGGAACAAUUUGGUGCUGGUUGUUGGUGCGGACGAUCGGGAAAAUGAAUGGAUCGGAGAAGCAUUGGCUGAGCACUAUGCUAUUAGCAAAACCCCUCUGGCCAGGGGUCUUAAAGUGAUCAACACUGAUAGGGCCACGGUCCCAAUGCGUGAGAAGAUCUACGCAGAGGGCGGUAUUCUGAGUGUAACAUCCAGGAUACUAAUAGUGGACUUUCUAUCAAAACUGCUCGACCCCGAGAAGGUCACCGGCAUGAUUGUGCUCCAUGCUGACAAGAUUGUGGCAACGUCUAUUGAAGCCUUUAUCAUCCGUGUCUAUCGAGAAAACAACAAGCGUGGAUUUCUAAAGGCGUUUUCCGACUCACCGGAGCCAUUCACGACAGGAUUUGCUCCCUUAGCCAAUUCCAUGCGCAACCUUUUCCUUCGAAAAACCUCUCUCUGGCCUCGCUUCCAUGUCACUGUUGCAGAAGCCCUUGAAGGUCACAGAAAGGCAGAAGUGAUCGAACUUGAAGUUCCGAUGAGUGAUAAGAUGCGCGAAAUCCAAAAUGCCGUUCUUGAGUGUGUGGAGAUCUGUAUAGGGGAACUGAAGAAAGCAAAUGCUGGGCUUGAUAUGGCAGACUGGACCUUGGAUAGUGCCUUGCACCGGUCCUUCGACGUUGCGAUCAGGCGCCAGCUUGAUCCCAUAUGGCAUCGUGUGAGCUUCCGAACCAGACAGAUUGUCAGUGACUUGUCGGAUCUUCGGGCGAUUCUACAUGCUUUGUUGACUUACGAUGCUGUCUCCUUCCUCAAAUUUCUCGACACAAUUGUCACAGCACAUACUCCACCUCCUGGGUCCACAAAACAUAACUACUCGCCAUGGCUUUUUCUUGAUGCGGCUGAUGUGCUAUUUCAGACUGCAAGAUCAAGAGUAUACCAGGGACGAAUUAGCAAAGAGGUGGCUCAGUCAUCAUCGACAUCAUUCCCUACCACGCUUCAACCUAUACUGGAAGAGCAACCCAAAUGGGAAGUCAUGGUGGAGAUACUAGAAGAGAUCGAGACAGACGCAUACCUCAACCCAGUCAACGUUGACGAGUCGAAUAGCACUGUGUUGAUUAUGUGCAGCGAUCAACGGACCUGCCGGCAACUUCGCGAGUACCUGGGCACGAUGCAUGCCAAUGUGGAUAGUAAAAAGCAGGAGACAAUGGAUCCGGGUGAUGUCAUCAGUGAGAAAAAAGGAUCUGCUGAAGUGAUGCUGCGCAGAAGGCUGCGGGAAUACCUUGAUUGGAAGACUUCUUUGACCAAUGUCAGCAAGAACCUUUCAUCGAAACCACCCGAUGAGGGGUUGCAAACAUCGAUGGGAAAGAACACCUCCGGGUCUUUGAAUCAAGGACGAGCCCCAUUGAACAAGCGGCGCCGAGUUCGCGGAGGAGGCACAUCAGCCGUUCCAGUACGCGUGCCGAACAGCAGUGUACAGGUAGAGAUCGAACCACCGGCCCAGGUGUCGGCACUCCUAGACGAGAUUCAGCCAACAGAGGUCGAAGAGAUCCAGAAGGAGGAAAUAACAAUCGAUCAUUUUGAGGAUAUGGAUGAUUACUACGAAUUGUGCGAUAUGGAUGACUUGGUCAUGAUACACCCCUACGACGGGGAUAUGGAUGAGCAUAUCCUCGAGGAAGUCCGGCCACGUUAUAUCGUCAUGUACGAACCAGACCCUGCGUUCAUCCGACGAGUAGAGGUUUACCGCAGCUCUCAUGUUGGAAGGGAUGUGCGGGUCUAUUUCGUCUACUAUGGGGGAUCCGUUGAAGAACAGCGCUAUUUGAGCGCUGUACGGCGUGAGAAAGAUUCGUUCACGAAACUCAUCAAAGAGAAAGGCAGCAUGGCUGUCACCAUCACACAUGACAAGAGCCUUGAAGACCCUCAGGAACAGUUCCUUCGAACCGUGAACACCCGUAUCGCUGGAGGAGGCCGACUCGCCGCAACAGCAUCGCCCCCUCGAGUAGUGGUAGAUGUCCGGGAGUUCAGAAGUGCUCUCCCCUCUCUACUGCAUGGCAAUAAUAUGGCUGUCGUCCCAUGCCAACUCACAGUCGGUGAUUACAUCCUCACGCCCAACAUCUGUGUAGAGCGCAAAUCAGUCCGUGAUCUGAUCACCUCAUUACGGAAUGGCCGCCUCUACAACCAAGCAGAGACAAUGCUUCAACACUACAAGAACCCGCUCCUCCUCAUCGAAUUCGACCAAAACAAGUCCUUCACCUUCGAUGCUUUCGCAUCUGCAACGACCCCGGGCACUACGUUCCUCACCGACUUCGGAUUUUCAUCCUUCGGAACAAGCACCCUAUCCUCGAAUAGCUCCCUCGUCAACCCAUCCAGCCCUAAGUCCGCCCAACACCUCCUUGUCCUCCUUACCCUCACCUUCCCCCGGCUCAAAAUCAUAUGGUCUUCGUCCCCAUAUCAGACGGCAGAGAUCUUUGCCGAGCUCAAGAAAAACAACCCGGAGCCAGACCCCAUCCGGGCCGUCCAGACUGGGCUGGAUAUAGACAUUGCGGCGGCGUCCCACCCGGGUGAUAUUAUGGCUGCGGCUGGGAUCGAGCACCGGGUUUUCAAUCUCGUGCCGCAGGACAUGCUCCGGGCUGUUCCGGGCGUGAACCCCAAUGUCCUCGAGCGGCUGUUAGUGGAGACGGGGAGUAUCCACGAAGUUGCGAACAUGGAUGUUGAACAGCUGGAUCCUCUGGUAGGGAUCGAGGCAGCACGGAAGAUAGUUGGCUUCUUCCGCAAAAGUGUAUUCGAGGAAGGUUAAUGGUUAUAUAUAUACGUUCCAUGUCGCCUGGAUACACGGGGACACCAAUUGGUUUGCAAUAUUU